CUCCGCCCCAAACAUUUCUGAAGAUGAGCUGCCGCCACAUGACACUGGAAGCCAAAUGUGCUGACACAUGCUCCUGAACUUCUUCCCUCUUCUAAGAACCCCUUCUAAGAACGACGACGUUGAUUGGCAGGCGUGUGGGGAGGCGUGGCCGGCAGACCGACAGCGAGGCAGGGCACGCCAGGGCCGACUCCAAGAUGGCGGCGAGGAGGCGUGGCCGGCGGGCCAGCGGCGAGGCGGGGAGCGCCGGGAUCGACGCCAUAAUGAACCUCAGUGUGUAAAAGGGCGGCAGCCGAGAACGAGGGGAGAGAAGGAGUUGGAGAGCCAGCAACGGAUGCAGCGCGGAAGAGAGCGAGAGGCAGACGGAGACGACGAGGGCGGCUGAAAAGCAACCGGAAGAGCGAGCAGUGGGAAGAGGAAGGAGCUGAAAAGCGACCCGACCUGCACUAACGUUUUAUUGAAAUAAUACAACUGCUCCA